GCGUCAAUAUGUAAAUAAAAAAAAUGAUAAAAUGUUUUUCUUUGCAAUAAUCUUCAAAAGUCCAGGAAAUUAGUGAUAUUUAGAAGUAAAUCCGAGUCCAAAAUCUCAAGGGAUGGACUCUGAACGUGAGAGGGAGGUUCAUCAGCUGAGUCCCAGGGAGUGCAUCCGGGGUAGGAGAUCGUACAAGGAUAAUCAGGAAGCACAGAGUAGUCCACGUCGGUAUGGUAGAAGGACUCCUUUUGACUAUGAGGGACAUGAGAGCGCUAGUUCCGGAGAUGAGGCUGUUGAUGGAGAAGAUGGAGCUCCUGCUGUGGAACCAGUUGAAGCCACGAGGCCCCCAACUGGACUGAAAUACCCAGAGAAUCCACAGCCUGCUGCCCAUUCAGGCAAAAUGGAUGAAUAUCAAUUCCCUCUGAAGCUAUUUUACAUCCUUCCGGUGCUUGUCUUCCUCCACAUCAUCCUCCAGAGUGAUGGGCUUCCUCCUAAACCUCCUGAUGCGAUUUCUGCUGCGGGGGAUGCCUUUGAGAUUCCCCAAUCAUGCAAGGAUGAGCUGCAGGAAUUGAAGGAUGAAUACCCCAAUCAGGAUGCCACCUUCUGGCCAGCACUCGAAUACAAUCUCUGGAGUGUCCUGAAGGAUCCCCCAAGACCCAGUAUUGUUACCUUCCUGUACAACGUAUCCACAUCCACGACGCUCCUGGAUAAGAUUGUCUACACCACCCAUGCCUGUAUGCAUCCGGAAAUGGAUCCCAUUGUUGUGAACGGGCUGACAUUCAGUGAAUCCCGGACGGGUGGAGAUUUUGGGAUUAUCAUUGACAAAUACAAGGAAGCUCUCCGGCGGAGUCGAGUAAUGUUCGUGGAGAAUCUCCAGGAUAUUCCCGGACUGGCAUCGCGGGCUUUUCAUGAUCUCUGUGACAGCUACAAUCCCAUCAUUGAUCGCUACGUUGUCUACUUCUCUCUCUUCUACACACGUGCUGACUGGGAGGAAUCCCCCAAUCCUAAUGCUCUGGCCAGUGAUCUCCUCAAGCGUAGAUGGGAUGAUGAAAUUACCGCCGAUACAGCUGCUGCUCUCAUUGCACGAGUCACGGAAGCAGUUCUGGUGCUCCGGGAGAAGAUUUACUGACCAAUUUUCAUUCCCAGUUGCGCUCUCUUUACCUCCCCGGAAGCACUGGAGGCUUCCCAAUAACCCCACAAAAGUGUAUGACGUUUAUUCAUAAGGCUACUUUGUUCUGAAAUAAAUUAUUUUUCAUUAAAAAAA